AUGGCAUUUGCUGGACUUAAGAAACAAAUCAACAAAGCUAAUCAGUAUGUCACAGAAAAAAUGGGCGGUGCCGAGGGCACAAAACUGGAUUUGGACUUCAUGGAAAUGGAAAGAAAAACAGACGUGACAUGUGAGCUAGUCGAAGAGUUGCAGAUAAAAACCAAAGAGUUCCUCCAACCGAAUCCCACGGCACGAGCCAAGAUGGCCGCCGUCAAGGGUAUCAGCAAACUCAGCGGGCAGGCGAAGAGCAAUACUUACCCUCAACCUGAAGGUGUCUUGGGAGAUUGUAUGCUCAUGUACGGAAAGAAGCUUGGAGAGGACACCGUAUUUGCGCAAUGUAUGAUCGAAAUGGGCGAGGCGCUCAAGCAGAUGGCAGACGUAAAAUAUUCCCUCGACGACAACAUCAAACAGAGCUUCCUCGAACCGUUGCACCACUUGCAGACUAAAGACCUGAAGGAAGUUAUGCAUCACCGUAAGAAACUGCAGGGGCGAAGGCUUGAUUUCGACUGCAAGCGGCGAAGACAGGCCAAAGGCUCUCACAUUCCAGACGAUGAGAUACGUCAGGCGGAGGAGAAGUUUGCUGAGUCUCUAAGUCUCGCACAAAUUGGCAUGUUCAACCUACUUGACAAUGAUGUGGAGCAAGUGGCACAGGUAUCAUUCUUCGCGGAAGGACUACUUGAAUACCAUCAGCAGUGUACAGAGAUUCUGAAAGGACUCGUUUCGACACUUAUGGAGAAGAAGGAGGAGGCAAUAAACCGCCCCAAGAUGGAGUUCGUGCCGAAGACACUCGCGGACCUGAACAUCGAGGGGAUCCACGAGCUGAACCACGGUAAACGCUACGGUUCCGCGCAGAGCCUUACCCGCCAGAACCCCUCAGGCGCUACCCCCUUGGCCUCCUCCCUCGCCGACCUUUCCUCCCUUGACCGCGCCUGGGACGCUCCUCCGAAUUACCAGAGACAGCCUCCUCCGACUUACCAGAGACAACCCCCUCCGAUCGGCUUCAAGCCGCAUCCCGCCCCACGCAAUACAAACGGAAGAGACCCCUGGACAGCAUCACCACUGCCGUCUCCCGUGAAGUCACCAGCGCGAACACCGAACGUGCAACAAAAGCCUUGUUGCACGGCCCUUUAUGACUUCGACCCAGAAAACCAAGGAGAGCUCGGAUUCAAGGAAAAUGACGUUAUCACGCUGAUCAAUAAAGUCGACGAAAAUUGGUUCGAGGGCAGUUUAAAUGGAAAAACCGGUUACUUCCCGAUCAGCUACGUACAAGUCACUGUGCCUCUACCCAACAUGUAA